UGACUGGGUUAUUACAUUAUUUAGAAGUCGUCGUGCCGCCGAUGAUGGAGCAUGUCAGUGGCUAAUUGAUUGAUAAAAAAAAAGCAUGGCUCAUACAGACACACAUAUAUGAUGUUUCUGUUCCUUAUAUUCCGUUAUCCUUUUUUUUUCUUCUUUCUUUCUGUAUCUUCACCUACGUUAUUUAUCUCGUCUUCGGUACAAGGACGUGAAUCAGUAGGUAGUAAAACUCUGAAGUCACUCUCUGCAUCUUGCUAUACUUAUCUGUAUAUACUAUAUUUUCACCUUCACGGUGCUGGCACACGGGGUUAGCGUAGAUGAGGAAUGACUUUAUGCAUAUAUAAUCUA